AUGUUGAUGAUGGUGGCUGGGAAACGGCGGUCGACGAACUUCAAAGUCGUGAACGGAACUGUCUCACUAGCAAGUUCAUGUUCAAUUCUUUCUCCUCAUAAAACUCUUCAACGAAUUCGCCUUUCGAUUUUCCCCUACAACCACGCGUGUAAGUUUCCCAAACCCACAGCGAACGUAACCGUUUCCCAUCAAUUUUCCCCUUUCGAUUUUCCCGGCCACACCACCGCCGUCAUCGCCGCUUCAUCCACCGACGACAGCGGCAUCCCGUCUCAAGAUCUCGCAGUUCUCCUCGAAGUCGACGGGGUUCUUGUGGAUGCAUACCGUGGGAAUCGCAUAGCCUUCAAUAAAGCAUUUGAGAAACUUGGACUUGAUUGUGCGAGCUGGAGCGAACUUGUCUAUUCAGAUCUUUUAAGAUCAGGUGAUGUACACAUUGCAGCUUCAUAA